CGCGAAACCGAAGUCGGAGGUGACGCACUUUCGCCGUUCCCCCGGUCGCAAAGCAAGAGAGACAAAGUGGGAGGAUCGAGGUCGAGGGAGGGAGGAGAGAGAGUGUCUCUCCAUUGCAUGGCAAUGCAUUCCUCAUCAACUCCUCUUGCUUCAAAGUCCUCAAAAUAUGGGGGAAGGGGAGGAGCACCCUUCCACACCGCCACGUGGCGCUCUCCCAGUGGCUCUACUCCCCGUGCACCCUCCAACUGUUGCUGGCUGCCAUGUCAGUCGCCUUCGAUGGAUGUGUAGGCCUACGAAUGCGCCGGUAUUCCAUCUCCGUAUAUAUAACACAACACAUCAUCGCAUCAUGUGUCCUCCUCCCCCUCUCUGUCUCUCUCUAAAUGCCCUAAUUCAUCCCCCCUUCCCUCUCAGAUUGACGGUCCCUUCUCUCUCUCUCCGUGGCCUCUGCAACGCUUUGGGGCUUCCCUGUGUGGAAUUCGGGUGAAGAUUUGGUGUUUGCUGGUUCAUUUGAGCUCAAAACUGGUGAGUUCAGGUUGUGAGAUCCAUGAGUCACGACCUAGAGCCAGGGAUUGAAUAAUGAUGGAAAAGGAGUCACCACAGAAUAAAUUAAUUGAUGGAAAAUGGGUUUUGAAGCGGAAGCGCAAACGACUUUCAAGUGGCUUGGAACCAAAUAAUGGAAAAGAAGUCGGGGAUCCAUCUCCAGAAACUCUGAGGAGUUUCCCUUCUGCAAAACAGCUGAAAGAUGAAAGCAAUCUAUCUCAGUCUGUGAAGAGAAGGAAAGGAAAUGAUGGCCACUAUUAUGACUGUGUAAUUUGUAAUACUCGUGGCAACUUGUUAUGUUGUGAUAGCUGCCCUCGCACCUAUCAUUUCCGUUGUCUUAGUCCACCACUCAAGCGCACCCCUCUUGGAAAGUGGCAAUGCCCUACCUGUCGUGAGCAAACCAAUUCUGUGGAGCCAAUGGGCUCGCCAGAUGCAAUAUCAAGGGAAACGAAGGCUUCAAAAAAUAUCAAAAAACGUAAGGUAGUAACAAAGGGACUUCAUUCUCAUAAGGGGUUAGUAAUGGGGUGUAACUCAGCUAGUGAAAAGAAGAAAUCAUAUAGCAAGGGAAAACAUCCUCACCAUUCUACUGAAAUGCAUGCCAAAAAGAAUUCAGAGAUCUUGGAAACUAAUUUAUCUUGUGACACAAAUUCAAGCCGGUCAUGCAGGGAUGGAUAUACAGCAGGCUCCAAUUCGAAAUGUGAAGAUAUCACCAUUGAGAAGAAACCCAGCCUGCACCCGAUAAAUAAAUUUAUAGACAAGAGAUCUCGUUCUUCAUGCAAGGAGAGGCAAUCAUUAGGGAAACGUUCUGGGUUAAAACUGAAGGAUGAGAGUUCUGAAGUGAAAUCUAACUCUAACAAUGGCCGUGUUGGAAGCAAGUUACUUUCUGCAUUUGAUGAUUCUACUCAAAAGGCCAGAAAGAGGAGAGACAAAUGUAACAAAGGAGAUAAAAUGAAGAAAUCAAGGUCUGAGAAGGGAAAACGGGGUGUGACUACCUGUAUCAAUUGUGGGUCACACACAAGCUCUAAAAAACAUGAUAGUGAUGGCCCCUGCCAAAGUUGCAUGGAAGUCGACAAGGGGGGUGCUCCUGGAACACAAAUUCUGAACAAUCAAGAACAGAAUGAGGUUGAUCGUGUUCUUGGGUGUCGAUUACGAAAUUGCCAGGCAAUUUCUGCUGCUCUCGAUCACACAAACAUAGAUUCGCUUUCAUCUCACUUGGAGUUGAAGACGCAUCCUGUGAUGCAUGCAGCUUUUGCUGAACCCUCUUCUGAUGUAAUCGUUCUGGAAAAUAAUGAUCUAUUGGAAGAUCAUCCUGUUGGUAUCGAAGUUGCCAAUGUGGAUGGCCUUGAGAAUAGUGCUAUCGAGGACAUCAAGAAAGAGGACUGUUUUGUUGAUGCAGAAUACUUGAAUGGUAACACUGAAAUUAACACAGAAAAGGACCAUAUCUUGGCAUUUGAAGGACAGCCUCUUGGGGUUAUGGGUGGCAGAUCAUUAAAUAUUGAGACCAGGGAUGGAUCUUCUUUUAAUUUAGAACUGAAAAAAGAAAAAAAGGGUAAAAUGAUAGGAAAAAAUUCAAAUGUUGAACUUGGCGAUGCUGACGUUUGUGAUGAUCCUAAAUGUACAACUCUGGUUUUAUCCGAGUCCAAUGUUUCAUCCAAAGAAAAAUUAUGUGGUAGUGUUGUGGAGAAGGGAAAGGAAAUAUCAUAUUCUGGUAAUGGGGCUAAUGCCACAGAUGAUGAUAAACAAUAUGAGUUUCUUGUGAAGUGGGCUGGAAAAUCUAAUAUUCACAAUAACUGGAUUCCUGAAUCAGAACUAAAAGUUCGUGCAAAGAGGAAAUUAGACAAUUACAAAGCAAAGUUUGGAACUGCUGUAAUAAACAUUUGUCAGGAGCAGUGGAGCCGGCCACAACGGAUAAUCGCUUUGCGUGUUUCUCAGGGGAAUACAACAGAGGUGCUUGUUAAAUGGUGCGGUCUGCCUUAUGAUGAAUGCACUUGGGAAAGACUUGAUGAACCUGUUAUCAAGAAGGCAGCAAAGUUGAUUGACAAUUUCAAUCAAUUUGAGCAGAGGACAUUAGAUAUGGAUGCUGCUCCUUCUGCAGGUAUGGAAAAUGCAAAAGGUGAGUGCCAGAUAAAUGAAGUUGCAACCCUUGUAGAGCAACCUAAAGAGCUUAAAGGAGGUGCUUUGUUUUCGCAUCAGUUAGAAGCAUUGAACUGGUUGCGUAAAUGCUGGCAUAGAUCAAAAAAUGUUAUCCUUGCUGAUGAGAUGGGGCUUGGAAAAACUGUUUCAGCUUGUGCUUUCAUGUCAUCACUAUAUUGUGAAUUCAAGGUCAGGUUGCCUUGUUUGGUCUUAGUUCCUCUAUCCACUAUGCCUAACUGGCUGGCUGAGUUUGCUUUGUGGGCUCCACAUCUGAAUGUUGUCGAGUAUCAUGGAUGUGCAAAAGCAAGAUCAAUGAUUCGUCAGUAUGAAUGGUAUGCAACUGACCCAGAUGGGAAGCAGACGAAACUGAACAAGUUCAAUGUUAUCUUAACUACUUAUGAGAUGGUGAUGGCUGAUGCUUCUCAUCUGCGUGGCGUGCCCUGGGAAGUUCUCAUUGUUGAUGAGGGGCAUCGUCUGAAAAACUCAAGUAGUAAACUUUUCAAUUUGCUUAACACAUUCUCAUUCCAGCACCGCGUGUUGCUGACGGGGACUCCUCUGCAAAACAAUCUAGGUGAGAUGUAUAAUCUGCUAAAUUUCUUGCAACCACUCUCCUUUCCUUCACUUUCAUGGUUUGAAGAAAAGUUUAAUGAUCUUACAACUGCUGAGAAAGCGGAAGAACUAAAAAAGAUUGUUGCUCCACAUAUGCUUCGGAGGCUUAAGAGAGACGCAAUGCAAAAUAUACCCCCUAAGACUGAGCGAACAGUUCCUGUGGAGUUGUCUUCUAUCCAAGCAGAAUACUACCGUGCCAUGCUUACAAAGAACUAUCAGAUAUUACGCAAUGUGGGAAAAGGUGGACUUCAACAGUCGAUGCUGAAUAUUGUUAUGCAGCUCCGGAAGGUUUGCAAUCAUCCGUAUCUCAUCCCUGGAACAGAACCGGAAUCUGGGACCUUGGAGUUUCUACAUGAAAUGCGUAUAAAAGCUUCUGCAAAGCUGACUCUGUUACAUGGUAUGCUCAAAAUAUUAAAAAGGGAAGGUCAUCGUGUCCUCAUAUUCUCACAAAUGACAAAACUUCUUGAUGUCCUUGAAGAUUAUUUGACAGUUGAGUUUGGGCCCAAAUCAUUUGAGAGAGUGGAUGGGUCUGUAGCAGUCGCAGACCGUCAAGCUGCUAUUGCUCGCUUUAACCAAGACAAGAGCCGCUUUGUGUUUCUUUUAUCAACUCGUUCAUGUGGUCUUGGAAUAAAUCUGGCUACUGCUGACACUGUCAUUAUUUAUGAUUCCGACUUCAAUCCACAUGCAGAUAUUCAAGCAAUGAAUCGAGCACACCGGAUUGGGCAGUCAAAAAGACUCCUUGUAUAUAGGCUUGUCGUUCGUGCUAGUGUAGAAGAACGAAUCCUUCAGCUUGCUAAGAAGAAAUUGAUGCUUGAUCAGCUCUUUGUGAACAAGGCGGAGUCUCAAAAGGAAGUGGAAGACAUUCUACGCUGGGGAACAGAAGAACUCUUUCACGAUUCUGCUGGUGCACCUGGAAAAGAUUCUCUGGAGAACUCUGGAAACAAAACUGGAAUUCCCUCUGAUCCAGAGCAGCGACAUAGGAGGAGGACUGGUGGCUUAGGAGAUGUUUAUCAAGACAGGUGUAUGGAUGGGUACACAAAAUCUGUUUGGGAUGAAUCGGCGAUACUAAAAUUGCUUGAUCGUUCAAACCUUGAUUUGGGAGCAUCUGAAAGUACUGAAGGAGAGGUGGAGAAUGACAUGCUUGGUUCAGUUAAGUCCGUGGAGUGGAAUGAUCGUGAUGCUUCUGAAGAACAAGACGGUAUGGACUUGCUUCCCAACGUGGUUGGAGAUGCUGGCACUCAAAGUAGUGAAAGGAAAGCUGAUCCUACAAGUAGCAACCCUGAUGAAAAUGAAUGGGAUCGGCUUUUGCGUGUGAGGUGGGAAAAGUAUCAAAAUGAGGAGGAAGCAGCUCUUGGUCGAGGAAAACGUUUGAGAAAGGUUGUUUCCUACAAGGAAGCAUUUGGUCCAAAUGCAAGUGAAGCCUUAAGUGAGAGUGAGAAUGAAGAAGAGGAACCUAAGGUGGACUAUUCCCCUGCAGGCCGUGCUUUCAAGAUGAAGUUUGCUAAGCUCCGUGUUCGACAAAAGGAACGGAUUGCUCAAAGGCGUGUCAUUCAAGAACAUCUUUCUGCAUCAGUUAAACAACAUCAGGAACCAGAGCAGAUUCUUUUGUCCAGCCCUCCGCCCUCUAGCAAAGUUGGUGAGGAUCAUCAUACCGAUGCCAACAGAGAUCAAAUAACUAAACUUAGCUCAUCGGACCAGAAAUGCUCAGAACCUCAGUCAUCUGAUGCUCCAAAGGACAUUGGGCGCGUCAAGCAGCUUAAUGGGUCCCAAGGGCCUAGCUAUAUGAUCUUUCCUUGCCCUGCUUUUCCUGACCUCCCUCCUGGAAAUCUCUCGACCAACAUAUUUUGCAAUCUUCCAAGUAUGGGUUCACUGAAUUCAGUUCCCACAAAAACACAAUUGCCAGUUGAGACAAGCACGUGUCAUAAAGUCGAUUCACUUUCGAAGACAUUUCCAUUGUUUCAGAUGCCAUGGCAACCAAACUAUGAGCGGAUCCCCGGAGUUCCAGAAUCUUCAGAUCAUGCAGCUCAAAGGAUGCUUCCUUUUCAUCUGCCCCGUGGCAUUGGGGCUGGCACAGAGGUCAAAACUAGAAGCCGAGAAUUCAUGGCUCCCGGUAGUUUUCUUUCCCCUGAUGCAUCUCCAGAUGUCAUGCUUCAACGAUGGCCAAACAAUGGCACCCAUGACAGCUCCUUCCCUUCCAGUUUGAAUCCCUUGAAUGGAAGGAUUCCUUCUCAAGAUUCUUCAGGCGCCUCUCACUUGGCUUUCCCAACCAAAGCACCCACACCAGAAGAAAGAAGCCUACUCAAUAUGAACCCUCCACUAUCAUCAACUGUUUCGGAGUCCCUUCCCUUCCCUUCCCCAAGCUUGUCACUGGGUAGGAACUCAGAAGCUUCCAGGAGAUUGCUUCAAGACUUGCCCCUAUUACCCCCACUGCCUAAUUUCAAGUUUCAAAGGAACAAUAAUGAGGUGGAGGAGCCCAAUCAGCAACAAUCGAGAGAAAUGCCGGAUUGUUCUUAUGGUUUGGGCCAGAUUCAAGCCACUUAUUCCUCGUUAACAGAAAGCCACAAGCGGGUGCUAGAAAACAUAAUGUUGAGGUGUGGAAACUUAAAGUCGAAGAAGCAGCCAUGGUCAGAGGACGAGCUUGAUUCCCUAUGGAUUGGUGUUCGAAGGCAUGGAAAGGGGAAUUGGGACAUCAUGCUGAAAGACUCAAAUCUAGGCUUCUCAAAGCACCGUGCAGUUGAAGACCUUUCCAAGCAAUGGGAAAUGGAGCAGCUCAAGAUCACAGGUGGGUCCACACUCUCACCAGUGCAACCACCACCGCCACCACCAAAGCAGUCUGAUCCUUUUCCAGCCAUUCCAGAAGAGAUGAUGAACCGAGCUUUAAUGGGGAGUCGGUUUGCUACUCCUGGUGGGGCUGAUGAGUUCACUAACCCACCUUUAUUUCGCGGGUUUCCAACAGAUAUCCAACUUAGGCAGGGGGGCUUGACAAGGGGCCAGAACUCCUCUUUUUCAAUGCCAAAACUCAGCAGAAUGAAUGUGGGGAAUAUUAUGGACAGAUCCUCAAAAAGUGGAGGAACACCAGCUCCUGAACUCCCAUUUCUAACCGAAGGCUUAAGUGCUCUCCCUCCUUUAGGCCUUGGUGAUUUAACCCAAAAGAAAGAGGACAAAUAUGGAAAACUGCCAAGCUAUUUGGACCAGUCAUUGAGUUUUCUGAGGGACUCAAGAAGUAAGCUACGUAAUGUGGAUCCCCCAAAUGGAUCAGGGACCAUCUUUCCAAAUGAACAAGAUCAUGGGCUUGGCUCUGGCUCUUGUCCUUCGCCAAUGAAGGAUGAAAAUGAAAACCUCUCUGCAAAAAGCAAUCUACCUCAUUGGCUUAGGGAAGCGGUUCGGCCUCCAAGUCCUCCAAUUCUUCCCCCGACUGUCUCUGCUAUUGCCCAUUCGGUGCAUGUAUUAUAUGGAGACAAGCAAUCGAUCCCCCCAUUUCCUAAACCAGGUCCCCAUCCUUUACCACCGAAGAAUCCUCUGAGGCUCAAGAAGAAGAGCAAAGCACACAAUCAUGGAGAGCAGACAGGCAGUUCCCAUGAAAAGAGCCAUGUUCCCUCACCCAUUCUGUCGUCUCCAACUUCUUCAAUGCCGAUGAUCUGCUCGAGUGGUUUUUCAGGGGGUGAGACCAAGAUUAGUCUCCCUCCAUUGGGCCUUACGAUCCCAUCUACCUCAGUUCCUUCCGGACCACUCCCCCUUCCCUACCCUACUGACCGCAAGGCAUUGCCUUUGGGAUUGGGCCAAACAACCAUUUUGCGUUCCCCUGACAUACUCGGCUUGGCAGCCUCGUAUGUCACACCAGCCCCUGGGGUUUGUGUGGGUCCCAUUGAUGUAAGCUUGAGUCUCACAAACGUUGACGGGCCUUCAUUGGUUAAUGGAGACGGAAAUGAGGAGUCUUACGACAGGGAAAGGGGACUUGAGGGGCUCAGUGAUGGUUGGGGGUUGGGUAUAAGAAAGAAGCGUGGGGGUAGGAGAGCGUAUCAAUCAGGGUCUUGGAGGGCUGCAAGCUUAAAAGUGGAGAGUGGUUCAAGUGAAUCAAAGGGGACGGAGUCAAAGGAGACUGCAUCGGAAGAUGUUGAAGAAGCUGCAGGAUCGGGGAAUGGUAGCCCAUCUUCUUGAUGUUUAAGGCUUCAAGGUCUCUAUUCUUUUUGCAGGCAGUUUAGAGAGCACAGUGAUGGCCAAAGGACAUAGGGAAGCAGCGGCAUUACUGGUUGGAUCUGCUGCUUUCAAAAGCAAUUUCUUCCCAAUAGAGAAAAGAGCAGACAUCUUACCCAUCUUUGGAUCUGUUGCUAUGUAUAGAGAUUUCUUACCUAAAAAUUUUCUUCUUUCAGGGUUAGCUUCCUUACCCUUUUCUAAAGAGAAAAACAAAUCACAUAUAUAUUUUUUGGUUUUUACUUGGGUAGUUAGAUGGGGAUUGGGUCCGCCUCUAUAUCAUAUAUACUGCAUUUCUUGUGAUGUCGCUUACCAAAAAAGAAGGGAGUUUCAUAUCAUGAUCAUUGUCCAUUUUUUAAUGAGAAAACUAUAUCAUACAUACUGGAUUUCUUAUGAUAUCGCUUCCCAAAAAAGAGAAGUUUCCUAUCA